CCCUGGAAGCGUCAUGUACACAGGGGCAGGUAACUCUAAACUACGGUCACUCGACCGGUGUGGGCUGUUACUAUCAACAUGGUGUUUGAGGUCCGGAUUACCGACGCUAGGUCGUCAAAGGUCUUAGCAACCAUUGCAACACUAUCUCCGAGUUCUACCAUUUCUGAUGUCAAGAAAGCCUUCCAAAGAAUUAAAUCAAAGUAUUACCCUGACAGGCAGUCCUUUCGCACCGAACCAAGGGGCAAAUCAUUAAAAGAUGACCAAACUUUGGAGAGUCUUGGCAUGAAAAGCACUGGAGAACUAUUCUUCAAGGAUCUAGGGCCCCAAGUAAGCUGGACAACAGUAUUUCUGACUGAGUACGCUGGUCCACUGGCUAUCUACCUCGGGUUCUACACACGGCCUGCCAUCAUCUACGGAGCUGAGGCUGCACUACAACCAAGGGCAUUUGUUGUAGAUGUUGCUGCAGCUUGUUGGACAUUCCACUACGCCAAACGGCUCUUUGAGACGGUCUUCAUACACAGGUUCUCUCACGCCACCAUGCCCAUCUUCAACAUCUUCAAGAACUCCAUCUACUACUGGGGCUUUGCUGCGUUUGUCGCCUACUUUGUGAACCACCCCCUCUACACCCCCCCAGUGUAUGGAGAUCUGCAGAUCUAUGGUGGACUUGCUGCAUUUGCUUUUGCUGAGCUGGGCAACCUGUCAAUCCACCUUGCCCUCCGGAACCUCCGCCCUGCAGGGUCCAAAGUGAGAAGAAUUCCGUACCCAACGGCCAACCCGUUCACAUGGCUGUUUGGGUUUGUGUCUUGUCCCAACUACACAUACGAGACGAUGGCCUGGGUCGGUUUUACUGUCAUGACACAGUGUCUGCCAGCGGGUCUGUUCACCCUGGCUGGGUUCUACCAGAUGACUAUGUGGGCGUUCGGCAAACAUCGAAACUACCGCAAGGAUUUCAAGGACUAUCCACGGGGAAGAAAACCAAUUCUCCCCUUCCUUUUGUAGAUAGUCGGCUCAACUUUCAUUGCACAUUUAUCACAAACAUAUCUCAUCACUAACCAAGCAUAAAGGAAGGAUGUUCACGUGUCACUUUUAGUUGGAUAUCAGUUCAGAUUUUUCUGUGCAGUAAAUAUCCUUGAGCCAACUUGCAUUGAAUUGCAAAAAAAUAGAAUUAAUCUCCUAUGAUAUUAGAUAAUAUUAGUUAUACAUCUAAAAGAAUGUAGACUUGAAUUACUUUUUAAUGUCUUGAGAGUGGGAUGUUAGAACAUCAUCUCUUUCUUUGUUUAUAUGGAUCAAAAUAUGUGACAGAUUUCUAGAUGAAAUCUCGCCAUCCAUGUCUGUUCUGUUUUAGAUGUGUCAUAACCCUGACCGCAUUUUUACUUUGUAUAUCUUGUGUUGUGAAAUAAAAUCUUGCUCUCAUC